CUCACCACCCUCUGUCGGUGCUGACUCAACACAUUCCUCCCCUGUUCCUGGCAAGGUCCAAGGCAAAGGCGUCUCAGGGAGCAGCCACUGGUUGCUCUCUCCCUCAGGCCGGCUGCUGUAUUUCUUCGUGAUUUCCUGGUCGAGAUCCACCCAAGAAGCAGCAGAAGUGGACAGGAGAGGAGAGAGGUGCAAUGGAGGCAACGGUGCUGAGCGUGGGCAAGUCCGUGGUGAGCGGAGCUCUUAACUAUGCCCAAUCUGCCGUUGCAGAGGAGGUGGCACUGCAGCUGGGAGUGCAGCGGGACCAGGCCUUCAUCAGGGAUGAGCUCGAGAUGAUGCAGUCUUUUCUGAUGGCUGCGCACGACGAGCGAGACGACAACAAGGUGGUCAAGACCUGGGUGAAGCAGGUCCGUGACCUGGGCUAUGAUGUGGAGGACUGCCUGCAGGACUUUGCCGUUCGCUUCGAGAAGCCGCCAUGCUGGUGGCACAUCCUGACGACGCUGCUUGACCGGCGCCAUGUGGCCGUGCAGAUGAAAAACCUUCGAGCCAAGGUCGAGGACGUCAGCCAGAGGAACCUGCGCUACCACCUCAUCAGGGGCCCUGCCUCUGGCUCGAAGCCCGAGGCCACGGCCGCUGACCAGUACUCUGCAGGCAUCAAGGCCAGUGCUACAGUGUUUGAUGUUGAUGAAGCAAGGCGUGGCGUGAAGCCGAGGGUAGAUCUCGCCCAACUCAUCAACAAAGAGCAGAGCAAUGAUCUUAGAGUGAUUGUGGUGUGGGGAACAUGUGGCGUGCUUGGGCAGGCGUCCGUGAUAAGGAAGGUGUAUGAUGAUUCGGCCAAGUUUGAAUGCCGUGCCUGGAUCAAGCUUACGCAUCCUUUCGACCCGAUCGUGUUCAUGCAAAGCAUUAUGAGGCAGUUCUAUGGAUAUUCUUCUUUUCCAGAAUUAGCAGCUGAGGGGCGAAGUUGUCGAGAAAGAGCAAGUUCUAUAGGGUCUGAGGUUCUGAAGAAGAUGCUGAUGAUGAAGCAAGAAGAUUUGGUUGACCAGUUCAAUGAGCAUGUGAAUAAGAAGAGUUACCUGAUUGUUCUUGACGACCUGUGCAGCAUACAAGAUUGGGACUGGAUUAGAACGUACUUUCCUUCCAAUAGUAAUGGGAACCGUAUCAUUGUGGCCACACAACAAGUUGAAGUUGCAAGCUUAUGCGUCGGCCGGAAAUGCCGAGUCUCAGAGCUUAAGCAAGUAUCUGCUGAUCAAACUCUCUAUGUUUUCUACCACAAGAGCCCUCAAGGUGGAGCAAAUUCAAUGGAUAUAGGGUCAAGCUCAAAGGCAACCGCCAUUGUCACUACUAAUAGAACAUACUCUUCGUUGACCCCCUAUGAGAUACCAGCUCAAGCUAAAGAUGCCGCUGGCGGACAGUAUGUGGUCAGAAGGAGCCUCAGCCGCAUCUUGUGGAUGACGGCUGUUCUGGAGGGAUCUGAAGUUGUUGGGAGGGAGACAGAAAAAUAUCACAUCCUCCGACUAGUCCAAUCAGUGAACAAAAACCUUCAGGUUAUCUCUGUGUGGGGAACGCGUGGUUUGGGGAAAACUGCUCUAGUCAAAUAUAUCUAUGAAAGCGAAGAACUUAGUCUUGCAUUUGAGAAACGUGCUUUUCUCACAAUCAUGAGCCCCUUCAAUCAUGAGGAGCUCCUUAGGAGUUUACUUAUGGAACUAGUGGUGGCAGUGAAUGACACAAUGCAUCCAAAGGGGUCAGUUGAGAUGUUGAAGGAUGAGCUGGGAUUCUUUUUGACAAAAUAUAAGUGCUUGAUUGUUCUUGACAACUUGUCAUCUACCAGUGACUGGGACAUGAUAAUGGAAAUUUUACCUCAUACGAUAAAUACAAGUCGAAUCAUAGUCACCACAAGAGAAGAGACUGUCGCCAAUUAUUGUUCAAAGAAACAAUUCAAUGCAUACAAGCUCAAAGGUCUAAAUAAGAAGGAUGCACUUGUCUUAUUCACAAAAAAGGUAUUCAAGAAAACUGAAUAUUUGCAUUGGCAGUAUCCUGAGUUGGCUGAACAAGCAGAAAAAAUCUUGAAAAAGUGCAACGGUCUUCCUCUUGCAAUAAUUGCCAUAGCUGGUUUCUUGGCAAAUCAACCAAAAACUGCCACGGAAUGGAGAAAACUGAAUGAGAAUCUUAGUAGUGAGUUGGAGAUGAAUGCAGAGCUUGACACCAUAAGAACAGUCCUCCUCAAAAGCUAUGACGGUUUACCCUAUCAUCUCAAGGCUUGUUUAUUGUACCUUGCAAUCUUUCCCGAAGACUACAAGAUUAGUCUAACGCGUUUGGUGUGGCGGUGGAUUGCAGAGGGCUACUCAAGAGAGGUGUGUGGCAAGUCUUCCUAUGAAAUAGCAGAGAGCUACUUCAUGGACCUCAUAAGAAGGAGCAUGGUCCUGCCAUCCCGGCUAUCAAGGCAUGGUGAAAAAGAAUUUGACUCUUGCCAACUCUAUGAUAUCAUUCGUGAAAUCGUCAUCUCAAAGUCAAUGGAGGAAAGUCUUGUUUUCAGAUUGGAGCAAGGUUGCACCUUGAAUAGCCAAGUCAGAACACGUCACCUCUCUGUAAGCAAGAACUGGAAAGGAGACCAGAGUGAAUUCGAGAGUACAGUAGACCUGUCUCGUGUUCGAUCAAUAACAAUCUUUGGGAAGUGGAGGCCAUUCUUCGUCUCUGACAAGAUGAGGUUGCUGCGGGUACUGGACUUGGAAGGCACUUCAGGUUUGGUUGAUCAUCAUCUCAAGCACAUUGGGAAGCUUUUCCACUUGAGAUACCUUUCCCUCAGAGGAUGUCAUGGAAUUUAUCACCUGCCAGGUUCUUUGUGUAACCUAAGGCAGCUCCAGACACUAGAUGUCAGAGGUACAAACAUAUUCAAGCUACCAAAGAGCAUCAUGAAGCUCAGGAAGCUACAACAUGUUCGUGCCAGGGGCGUUGGGAGUACCGAUGAAUGUGUCUAUCAAGAAUAUCCAGAUGAGGUCCCGAAGCUGAUGAGGAACAAGCUAUGCAUGUUGACCUCCUCCUUGGCGGGGUUCUGCGUGGCAUGCUGUGCGCCACAACUUCUGAAGGAGUGCAUGAGCAUCGACGGGGACACCAACAGGCGUGACGUCUGCACCGCGUGCUGCUGCUCCUAUCUGCCGAUGCAGCUGACACGCCGGAGUGCACGCGGCUUAGCGGUGCCUAGAGGGAUUCACAGGCUCAAAGCCUUGCACACGUUGGGUGUCGUGAACGUCUCGAGGAGGAAGGCAGCACUGCGAGAGAUAGCAAGGCUCACGGGGCUGCGCAAGCUGGGAGUGACCUGCGUCGACGAGAGCAACAGUGGAGAGCUAUGUUCUGCCCUGGCUAGUCUCAGCUGCCUAGAGAGCCUGCUAGCACAGUCGGAGGGUAAGCCAGGUUUGUUUGGCUGCUUGGAUGGCCUGUCCUCACCUCCGGAAAACCUCGGAAGCCUGAAGCUGUAUGGCAACCUGGUCAAAUUGCCGGCAUGGAUCGACGGUGGGCUAAAAAAUCUGGCCAAGCUCAAGCUGCGGAGUUCCAGGAUAACGGACCAUGAUGCUGCCAUACAAGUCCUUGGGAGUCUACCGAACCUAGCCCUCCUGCAUCUGCGGAAAGAGUCAUUUGAGGGUGAAGAAGUCCAUCUUCGUUUCAGCGGGGGCUCAUUCCAGACCCUAAUGGUGCUGGAGCUGAGUUCCCCAGGUAAGCUCAAAUCCGUAGGGUUUGAAGAGGGAGCAGCCCCUAAGCUUGAGCUGCUGGAGUAUUGCGGCCAGCCUGAGGAAGAUGCCGUUUCAAAAGAAAACAACGGCGAUCAGAUUGAAGAAGCCCCCAGUGUUUGGUUGUUUUCUGGGCUAGCAUUUCUGGGAAGCCUCAAGGAGGUUGUGCUCAAGGGGGGCGACUACAAGAACGACUUCGUGAGAAACGUGUAUUACCAGCUUCAGUCAAACCCGAGACGGCCUCUUCUCAAGAUGGAGUGAGCUGCGCUCCAAAACCAAUUAUUGUCACUUCUGCAUGUAUCCCGUUGUUCGCUUGUUUUGAAUUCGUAAGUACCAGCUGUAUUGAGGUCAUGACAGCUGCCUAGUAUUCAUGUCGGCCUCUGCCAGUGAAAUGUUUUGAAUUAUUUUACUUAUUUGUAUAUAAGAAAAAGGUCUACUUAAAUCCUCCCAAUUAUAUGUCGAGGCCUCUUUUUUUUUGAAGGAAUAUGUCGAGGCCA